AUUUUUUCCAACUUUGGCCUGCAUUAAUUGCCGAUGGUAUUGCUGCGGGACCCCGUGACGAACCGUGCGCGAUCUGUACCCGCCUCGGUUGGGUUGUGUUCGGCCCUACAAUGGUCAACGCACCAAAUCAUUUUAAACGUACUUUAACUGUCAGUAAAUGUAUAAGCGAUCAGCAACUGGAUAAACUACUGCAGAGAUUUUCGAAGUUUGAGGAAGAUGGUCCUGCCAACGAACUUACGGCAAAUCCUUGAUCAGCGCGCGGCCAGUUUUUCCAUCUUGAGCGAAAAUUAUCUGAGGACACUGUGCUUCGUAACAAUUACAUCACGUUUAUGCAGUCAGUGCCAACGCAACGCUACUACAUACCCCAUCAUGCAGUCACAGGAAAAUUUCAUGUAGUAUUCAACGCGUCUUGCAAAACCACUAGCGGAAUGUCAUUGAAUGACACUUAAUUUGCGGGACCACAGCUCCAAGAUGUAAUAGAUAUUCUUCACCGCUUUCGACGCUAUCAGAUAGCAAUAACAGCGGAUGUCAGGACAAUAUUUCGACAGGUCCCCUACAUCGCAAAUGGCAACGCAUCUUGUGGAAGGAAUCUCCAGUCGAACCACUACAUAGCUUCGAGUUGGCUACAGUGACGUAUGGCAUGACAAGUAGCCCAUGCAAAGCGAUUCGUUCUUUACAGGACAUAAAAACCAACUGCGCAGGGCUUACUGAUAAAACAAAAGUGUAAAUGAGUGAUGGAAAGUAUGUAUAUAUUUAACCUCGCAAAAAAUGAUAAUUUUUCAGAAAAAAAAAUUCGUUUUAGUACAUGUAAAAACACACAUUUUGAGAUAUUUUCCAACAAAAUUGGACCUCUUUUAUAGAAAAGCCGCUAUUCUGAACAUUUUCCUUUAAUACAUACAUUUUUACUUAAUUUUAAAACAUCAAGAUUGGUUAAAUAAUUUUGUUAAACUAAAAAGUAUAUCAACUAAUUAUUUUUGAAGUUCAAUCUGGUAACGUCUAAAGGCAGCACUUACCAAAACAUGAAUAUUCUUCUAAUGACAGAAAUGUCAAUUUUAUGCAAACAUCAAUAAUAACACGUGUGACUCUAUAAAGAGCUCUAAAAAUUAGAUUGGAAAAAUUUAUAACAGUAUGGUUAAACCAAAAAAAGCCAAUUUAGUUCAAAAUAAAAAUGUAGCUUUGGAGAAGCAACUGGUUCAGGGAAAAAUAUCGAAGCGCAAAAACAAAGAUAAGUUUCAUUUGCGCGCAGAAGAAAGUUCGGUGUUGGAUAGCAAAACAAGUAAAAAAAUAUUAAAUGCUGCAAAAGCACAACAGUUGGAACUUAACGACGAUAAUUUCCCUAGCCUAGGGGGGAAAAAAGUUUACACUCAUGUCAAAAUAGGAGAAAUUGCUGAAGAGGACGAAAAUAAAGAAGUAACUGAAAAUGACUUUAUGGAUAAUUUAGAAAUCGAUGAAGAAGAUGCCAAAGCAUUCGAACGAUUUCAAAAUCCCCAAGAAGGCAAACGAACAUUAAAAUUAUCUGAUAUUAUAUUGGGAAAAAUUCAAGAAAAACAACAAGACAUUCAGAGCAAACUCAGUGAUAAUGGAUCUCUUAAUAUAGAGGAUAUAGACCCUCGUGUGCGUGAAAUGUAUGAAGGAGUUAGAGAUGUAAUGAAGCGAUAUCGAAGUGGGAAAGUGCCGAAAGCCUUUAAAAUUAUUCCAAGAUUGCGAAAUUGGGAACAUAUUUUAUUUAUAACAGAACCCCAUAAUUGGAGUGCUGCCGCUAUGUUUCAAGGAACUCGUAUAUUUUGUUCAGUUCUCUCGCACGCAAUGGCUCAACGAUUUUAUAAUUUGGUUUUGUUGCCGAGGAUAAGAGACGAUCUAUGUGAAUAUAAAAAAUUGAAUAUGCAUUUGUAUAAUGCUUUAAAAAAAGCACUGUUCAAACCAGCUGCUUUUAUGAAAGGUAUAAUUCUUCCUUUGUUAGAGUCUGGCGAUUGCACAUUGCGAGAAGCAAUUAUAUUUGGAAGCGUUAUCGCACGUAGUUCGAUUUCCGUAUUGCAUUCGUCAGCAUGUUUACUCAAAAUAUGUGAAAUGGGAUAUACAGGGGCAAAUUCAAUAUUUAUUCGCUACUUCCUUGACAAGCGUUAUGCAUUACCUUACCGUGUUAUCGAUGCUGCCGUAUUUCAUUUUAUUAGAUUUGAAAAUGAUAAACGUGAAAUGCCUGUAUUGUGGCAUCAAAGCUUAUUAACUUUUGCCCAACGUUAUAAAAACGACAUUUCUUCUGAGCAGAAAGAAGCUUUGCUUAAUUUAUUAAGAAAGCAAUCACACCCAAAGAUUACACCUGAAAUUCGAAGAGAACUUUUGGCCUCAAGUUGUAGAGAUAUCGAAAUGAUGGAAUAUAGCAAUGAAACAGCUGCAAUGCCAGUACAAAUAUACACUGAUAAAGAUGUUUGCUAUGAGUGUGCUUAAUUAUUGCUAGUUAUCAACAAUUAACCAAGUUUUUUUGGAAAAGCUUUUCGUUACCCAAAAAACUAGCAGAAGAGAGCACAAAAUGAGAACGUAAGAAGCAGAGAGAGCUGCUAAUUUCUGAGCUUAGCGAAAAUUCAACUAGCAGAAAUUAGCUGCUGUCAUAUGAAAACAUACUUUGAUUUCAUCAAUUUCUAAUAGUUUUGAAUUGUUAAGAUAAAAAUGAGAUAUUCGUUAAAUAAUGAGGAAUACAUAAAAUGUGAGUGUUCGAAAUUAUUAGAAUUAGAAGUAAAUGAUAACAUAAAGAUAAAUAUGCAUAUAUUAAUUA